AAGUUUCUCUUGUGAGCGCUGUCUCGCUUGUCCGAAUUCGGUGGCGCCACGUCCGUCGGUCUCCGCCUCCUGCACAGCGACUGCGCCUCUAAUUUCCCUGGCCAAGCCGGCCGCGGAGCGGGGGGUGGGCACGGGAGGACGCGCGGCGCUGCGCAGCCGGCCACCUGACGGACGACCAUGUCGGACAUCGGGGACUGGUUCAGGAGCAUCCCGGCCAUCACGCGCUACUGGUUUGCUGCCACCGUCGCGGUCCCCUUGAUCGGCAAGCUCGGUAUUAUCAGCCCGGCCUACUUCUUCCUCUGGCCUGAAGCCUUCCUCUAUCGCUUCCAGAUAUGGAGGCCGUUCACUGCCACCUUUUAUUUCCCCGUGGGUCCAGGAACUGGAUUUCUUUAUUUGGUCAAUUUAUAUUUCUUAUAUCAGUAUUCUACACGGCUUGAAGCAGGAGCUUUUGAUGGGAGGCCAGCAGACUACCUAUUCAUGCUUCUCUUUAACUGGAUUUGCAUCGUCGUUACUGGCUUAGUGAUGGAUAUGCAGUUGCUGAUGAUUCCUCUGAUCAUGUCAGUUCUUUACGUCUGGGCCCAGCUCAACAGAGACCUGAUUGUGUCAUUUUGGUUUGGAACACGAUUUAAGGCCUGUUACUUACCAUGGGUUAUCCUCGGAUUCAACUAUAUUAUUGGAGGCUCGGUGAUCAACGAACUCAUCGGAAACCUUGUCGGGCAUCUUUAUUUCUUCCUGAUGUUCAGAUACCCAAUGGACUUGGGAGGAAGGAAUUUCUUGUCCACACCUCAGUUUUUGUACCGCUGGCUACCCAGUAGGAGAGGAGGGGUGUCAGGGUUUGGUGUGCCCCCUGCUAGCAUGAGGCGAGCUGCUGAUCAGAAUGGCGGAGGCGGGAGACACAACUGGGGCCAGGGCUUCCGACUAGGAGACCAGUGAGGAGCAGCCCCUGGCCUGCCCACCAGCCAUGCUAAGCAGAUGACAGUUCUCCCCAGUGCUGGGCACGCUAAUGGCCGAGUUCUUGCUGCCGCUCCUGGACCUGACCCACACUGAAUGUAGUCUUUCAGUACAAGGCACAGUUUUAAAUCCUGAAGGAAAAUACAAGUGUUCCUCAAGUUACAUGAUUCUCAUUCAAGUCCUUACUGCUAUGAAGAACAAAUAUCAGCUGUGCAGAUUUCAAAACUGACUCAUUUUCUGGUGUCUUCUCUUCCUCCCCUUCUGAAUAAUGGGCUGGGCAAGUGGGUGGUUAAUCAAGUCAUGUCAGAGGGUCUUUUCCCUUCUCACACCCACGUCCCCAGCGGUGUACCUAGAGUUGUCCAUAAAGUGGUUUUGCCUUUCACAAACUUAUUUAUUGACUCUUGCCAAAGCUUGGUCACAAAGAGCUGUUCACAGGUGGUUCUCAGUUGUCACUGGCAGGACUGUAACAGUAGGGAGAAGACUGGAGCAGCGGGGAAAGAGCUCUCUCAGCUGUGGGCCUUGCAGCAGCCCCUCAGAAGUGCCACCAUUUGCCGCCGCCACAGAUAUUUUUAUACAAAAAGCACCACUGAGUCAGUGAGGGCCCAGACUGGGAAUAAUGGUGUUUAGGAGUUGUUGCAAGACAAUUUUCUCUCCUAGGACAAGUGAUCAAAUCAUAGUGGAGUUGCCUCUAACUCAGAGGACGGGUUUAAACACGAUCCCUUUGUGUUUCUUCCAUGGGGUGAACUGGCUUUGUGUAUCCAGAGCAGUUGUUCCGUGCUGUGCUGUGUCAGGAGGUUCUAAAUCACACUGAGCAGACAGAUGUCCUUGGCAGCAAGCUUCGGGGCGUUGAGUCCCUUUCAUCCUCCUGGAUGUGUUCAUUGAGGAGAGCGCGUCAGACUAAAAAUUUUUUUUUUUCUUUUUCUUUUUUCUUUUUUUGUCUCAUCUUUUUUAGUCAAGUGGUGAGGGUAGUACAGCUCUUCAGAUGACGGGUUGGUCAGUUUUUAAGGCUAAUACAGGCACAUCUGAAUAAGCAAGCCCCUCCAAGUUAGGGCCUCUAAUAGCUUUAGAAUCAUUCGCGUCUAAAGGUCUUCAUUAUCUUGGGUCAUGCAUGUAUACACUUUGUGGGUCAGGCCUACUCCCUUUUUAUAGGUGGGCUUUUGCCAGCAGAGCUCGGCUUAUCACUAAAUAAAGUUUUCUGAAGGCUA